AUGAUUGAGACAAUUUAUGAAAAGUAACAAUAACAGUUAGUGCAAAUCAAAUAGAAAUGUCAAGAAGCCUCGAAAAAAUUCAAAAAUGCUUUGCAAGAAGGAGCUGCAACAAAAAUUAAAAACAACGAAAUUUUCUCAAUAUCUAAGUACAUUUCAUGUUUACAGUUUAGCAAUAUAUAUCGAUUAUGUGAACAAGACAAUUAAGAGGUCCAUCUUUAUUAAUCUAAGUAUAUGACGGUUGAAGAAUAAUUGAAAGAAAUUUAUCAAGAUCUUUUGAAAGAAUUCAUUAAUGAUAUUUACUACUAAGUUGAUAAAUUUAAUUAGGAAAAAGAAAGUGUAUAAAUACCAAUAUUAUAUUCAAGGUACUCUUUAUUGUUACAAAAACAUAUCACGAUUAUAAAGCUUAUUCAAAUUCGCUUUACUAAAUGUUCUGUAGGCUUGAUAAAAAAUUUACAUCGGUUUCUUAGACAUUUCUUAUGGACUUGUCUAUAAAGUUAUUUAAAAUGGAAUAUUUUGAUAAAUUUAAUAAGCUAAUCCUGAAUACAAUUUUAUAGUUUAUAUAGGAAACAAGAAAGUAUGGAAUAUUAUUGAAUAAAUAAAUCAAACAACUAGUUGAGUUAUUUUCUAUCAUGGGUUCUAAGGAAGUUGAAUUGAAGUAUAUAAGAGAAUCUGGAUAUUUUUAUAUUUCCAAAAAAAAAGAGGAUGCUUAAAGAUUCUACGAAGAAUAAUUUUAAUCUCAUCUUUUAACAGAAGUAAAGUUUCUUUCUAUUCUUAGACUUUAAAAUAUUAUAAGAAGGAAAUAGAUGAUAAAUUAAACUUAACUACUAUAGAGUUUAUAAAUUGGAUAAAUUCCAUUUUCAAAUUGGAAUAGGAUAUGUGUUUGGAAUGCUAUCCAAUUAGUUAUUAAGUAUUAAAAAAGGAAUUAGAAAUUAUACUAGUCAAUAAUCAAGCAGCUAGAUUAAUCGAUUCACCUACAGGAUUAAGCUAUAUGUUACAAUAUGACUAGACUGAUGAAUUAAAAUUAUUAUUCAAAUUCCUAGCUCAAAAUAAUUAAUGCAGAAUUUAUAUAUCCAAAUAUUUUGAAUAAAAAGGAUAGCCUUUAAAUAAUUCAAUUUUAAAUUAAGAAUAAAUGGAAUAAUAAAAAAGUAAUUAUUUAAAUUUAUUUGAUUUUUAGAUGAAGCUGAACUCUAUUUCACGAAUAUAUUAUUAUUAAUGGAAAAAGCUGAAGAUAUUUUUAAAAAUUAAUUGGAAAAAGAACCCGAGGUCUAAAGUUUAUACGAGGAAGCAAUAAUGUAUUUGAUAAAUAAACAUGAAAAAUCUCCAAAAUUUUUAGCCAUAUAUAUUGAUAUUAUCAUAAGAAGAGAGAAAGGACGAAAGGAAAUAGAAGGCGAUAAAAGGUUGCCCUAAAUUGUUUCUCUUUUUAAAUUACUUUAUCAAAGAGAUAUUUUUUUUAACCAUUAUUACAAACUAUUAUCCAAAAGAUUGCUCAAUUAAUAGACUUAAGAUCUCUAAUUAGAGAAGUAACUUAUUUAAAAAUUCAAAGGUUAAGUUGGUUCAAAUGUUCUGUAAUAUUUUUAAUUAUUCUUAGACCAAAAUUAUCUACCAUGAUUUAAGAUAUUGAAUUAUCAAAUAGAUUUACCAUUGAUUAAUCACUCAGCAAAGAUAUCCAAUUUGACUUAAAUGUGGUCUUGCUUACUAAUGGGUGUUGGCCUAUAAUAACUAAUAUUUAAGAUAAUAUCAUUAGGCCACUUGAAAUUUAGAAUAGUUUGGAGUAUAGAUUUACUUAUUGUUUUGUAGGAAUUACAAAAAAAUGUUUGAAGAUUAAAACAAAGAAAGAAGAAUCGAAUGGUAAUUAAAUUUGGGAUAGGGAGAAUUGAUAUAUAAAAUGUAAACAGAAAAAUACAUCUUGAUUUUGAAUACAAUGUAAAUGAUUGCUAUCCUUUAAUUCAAUAAAGCAGAUUCAUUCUCUAUCAAAAAAAUCCUAGAUAUGACUAAUAUUGAUAAGAAAAUUUUAGAAAAUUCAUUGAUCCCUUUUGUUUGUAUGAAGAUAAUAACAAGAGAAAAAUAGGAUAUUGAAGAUUUUUCAGAUGAAAAUGAAGUUCUAAAAUUGAACAUGAGUUUCACAAAAAGGGCCAAAAAAAUUCAAUUAUUGCCCAAUUACAAGAUGUAGCCAAAAAGAGCUGUAAAAUCAAUAAUUAAUUUCUAGAAUAAUGACAAGGAGGAAAAAGAGGAGAAGUAACAAUUACAAAAGCAAAGAGAAUCUGUUGUGGAUUCUUAGCUGGUAAAAUUGAUGAAAAUUAAUAAAACAAUUAAUCAUCAGAACUUACUAUAAAAUUGUUAAAAUGCGAUCUCUAUUUUUAGACCAGAUGAGAAAUUCAUCAAAAAUAGAAUAGAAUAUUUGAUUGAGAAAGAGUACAUAGUAAGAGAUGAAAAUAAAUUGUAUUUAUUAAUUAUAUAAAUUAUUUAGGAAUGUUUAUCGUUAUCAGAAUUGAG